AUGGGCGACAAAAUUUGCCGAGAAUCUUACCCGAGUCCGCAAUUAUCUUCGUCAGCAGUUGCUAAGGAAUAUACCCAGCGAAUCUUCAGUAAUCGAGCUCUCUUGCUGUUGGUUGCUAUCAGUCAAGGAAAGGUCUCCAAAACACUCUCUGGAAGACGAGACGCUGAAGGCAAUGGUAAUAUAAACCCAGCAACUGAUCAAGGAAAGAAAAACAUUACUACAGAAGAAAACCAUUUGUUCAAGGACGCUGGCAAGCAUGCAAAAUUGAAUGAUUCAGGAAAGGCAGCCCGGCUUCUUGAAAGGCUUACUUUCCCACCAUCACCAUUUCUUUUAUCUGGGGACAAGGCUGAAAAUCCUGCAGUCGAACCGGAAGCUACAGCAGAGGCAUGGCCCGAGCCCGGUCCAGAAUGGUCGAAGGCGUUUGGGGUAUGGGGAGCAGCUUGGGAGUUUCAUGUUUAUUUAUUCGCGCUGAUUUUCUUGGGUUUUGCUGUUUACGCCACUUACUUUAUUGGACAUGAGCUCUAUGUAGGGCUGAACCAAAAGUACCUGGGAUUUUGUCUGAACGUUGUUAUGUUGAUUCUGGGCUUCACUCGGGCGUUUGUGUUGUUUACAGAUCCAUAUCACCAAGGAGACAUCAUACACAACGUAUUAGUUAUGCGCGUCCUAUGGUCCUUAGCGAGCCCCUGUCUUACGUCGGCAGACUGUCUCGUGAUUCUCGCCCUAGUCGAAACUGCCAAAAUAUCUCUCGCUCCUCCCAAGAUGCAAAAGCUUAGCUUCGUCCUUACUAUUAUAAUCGUGCACUUUAUUUUAGUCCUGGUGACUGAUUUUGUCGUGUCGGAGUUUGUUAGAGCAAAGGCCAUGCUAGUGCUUUGCCAAUGGUUCUUUAUAAUUUGGGGUGCAAUUCUUGGUGUGGGGUAUUUUGUUCUCGGGUACAAACUUGAUCAAAAACUCUUUGGUCACAAGGAGAUCAAAAGCAAACACGAAGUCCUUUACAUCCGUCUCAUCUUCGCAUCGGGCUUGAACAAUUUCGUCCUCUGUGCGAUGUUUAUCUACGCCAGUGUAAGUGUGUUUGGAGUUUAUUCUGACGCGAAAUUUGUCGACGCCUGGUCUUGGUGGACAGUGCAAACUUGCUUUCUCGUCAGUGAAGUUUCGUCUGGAAUUCUGGUCUUCACAGUUAGCGCCAAACGAAAAAGUUUAAAGAGAAAAACUGAUUGUGAAGCGAAAGGGGAGUGCGAAUUGGACGACUUGAACAUUUCCAGUAAUGCGAACAAGGUUGGAACAGCGACAGGAAGGAAACAAGAAAGGAAAGUAAGCAUGUUUAGUCGGUUGUAUUCAAAGAAAGCUUCCGCGAAAAGUCAAGGCAAAAAUGAAGUGCCUGUACCAACAAAUGUGGGUGACAGUGAUCAUAACAUGUUAACAGAUCUACAUGAGGCGAAGAUUGAAGUUUACCAAGCACAGGAAGACGUGUGAUAUAAGCACAUCAGGACGCUUUUUUUGAAGUUAACAAACAUUUGUGUCUUCGAUUCCUUUUCUUAAACACGCAAAGCUCAGGUGAAAUCUUGUGUUCAGCAUGUAUAUCGGUCUCCUCCUUAGUUUAUCGCGCUGUUUCAAGACUUUCCUUGGAAAAAAAUUCUCAAGUUAACAAACGCUUGUGUAAUUUAAUGUACCUAUAGAGAGAAAUUGGGAUUAAGGGAAUUUCGAUUCCUUAUCUGAAGCACGCAAAGUUCACGUCAAAUCAUUAUGUAUUUGUUCCCAGGCUCCUUCGUAGUCCAGCAUGUUUUUUCAAGUUUCUUGAAAGAAGCUUUUCAUUUGCUAUGUGCCAGGCUAACAUAAUGUUGAUUAAGCCGUAGGUAUUUAUCAAUAGAUUUCUCAUUACUCCAAGGUGUUGUUUCAAGACUUUUCUUACGACGUUUAAAUAAACAUGCCAAACACUGCAAAAGGAAAAAAAAAUAAAGAAAGAAAAAUCGUUUCCCGUAGCAAUGGUUAGUUAGCCUCCUAAGGCAAACGUAUCACUAAAGUUAACCAUAAACAUUUUUGAUACAUACCAUUAAAUUUCCAUAAUUAUAAUCUACCCUAGGUUUUUCCUUGUCAAAAGGCUCUUUUCGGUGGAGCUCAUUUUCGGCUGGGUCCAUUUCCACAGGGGCUUCAUAUCUGCAGGAAUUCUCGCGUUUCAAAAGUAGUCGGGCUAAUAUUGCGAUAGGCGCGUUUCGGAAUGAGGUCAGUACUUCACGUGACCAGAAAACUGCUGUAGAUGUUCUUACAACAGAGUUCGUUAUCCCGCCUCGUCCCCAGUCGCCCGCGUGAUAGUAAAAAAUAUAAUGAUUAAGAUGGAUUCCGCUCAAAGUUCGAGCAAUGGGUGCAAAAAUUAUUUACUAAAAAUCUACCCACAGUACGGUAACUUUGGGAAUACUAUUUAAAACAACUUACUUUUGUUCAUUGCCCUAGGUGACCCCGCGAUAAAAUUCUCAAGCAUUAUUCUCGAUAAAGUCAAUAUCAAACCUUGUAAGAAUGCUUAAAGCGUGUGUUAUUGUGUUUUAACAAACGCGAAACGUCUGUUUUAUUGAAAUCAUCGAUAACUUCAAGUCUAAUUUUCACUCACGGGGUCAGCUUGAGGGCUUAAGGCUCGAUAAGUUCUUUUUAACUGUAUUCAAAAUAUUACCAUGCCAUGAGGUUUUUUUGGUAACUUAAUUUUUUGCCAUUAUUGCUCGAAUGUUCUACGGAAAUCAUCUUAACUAGUGAGGAGGGGCGCAGGGAAUCAUGGGGAGGAGCUCCCUGCGCUCGCCUCCUCACUCGCUACCAGCUCCCGCUCGCGCCCUAUUGCUAACUCCCAGUCUCUCAACCGCCCUUUUCGCAAAGAAAAAGAAGAAAAAGCCUGUGGAGGAGGUAAGAAUUUAUCUUCUAUGAUGGUAGCAAAGGUGGGGUACCAAUCACUCAUCGCGCUGAAUUUUUGUAUUAAAUCACGCAUCACGAAGAAUUUUUUUCACCGAUCACGCGUCACGUAAAAAGAAGUAUCGCCAAUUUUACUUUCUCGACUUUAAAAGCGUCGUCAUGGGGAAUUAAUGAGCUGUAUGCUGUGUAGGUAUAUGUAGGGGAUUAAUGAGAUGUAAGAUGUGUAGGUAUAUGUGGGGGAUUAAUGAGCUGUAUGCUGUGUAGGUACAUGUGGGGGAAUACUGAGAUGUAUGUUUUGUAGGUAUAUGUGGGGGAUUAAGGAGAUGUAGGCUGUGUAGGUAUAUGUAGGGGAUUAAUGAGAUGCAGGAUGUGUAGGCAUACGUGGGGGAUUAAUGAGAGGUGAACUGUGCAAGUAUAUGCAGGGGAUUAAUGGAUUGCAGGCUGUGAGGGGAUAUUGGGGGGAUAUUUAGGGGUAUGGUUGAGGAAGAAUACUCGAUUAUAUAUGCAGGAGCUGUUGUUGAACUAGCCGCCCAACCAUCCGGGUGGAGUCGCACUUAUAAAGCAAAAGAACAAAAGGCUUG